AUGUCGGAAUCAUCAGUUGUGUCUCAACUACCGGACGAGAAGCUCAAGCUGGAGGGCGGUAAUGAUAGUGCGUCACCUUUUGACAGCAGUGUUGUAGUGGAUGCUGCUGCUGAGGAGAGCAUAUCUCUUGUCGACAAUGAAAAUCCUUAUAAUUGGAGUACCAAGAAAAGAUGGUUGAUCACAACAGUGUUUUGUCUGAUGAACUUUGCAGUCUCUAUCGGUGCAUCGAUAUUCACACCCGGAAUAGGCUUUAUUUCAUACUCAUUCGGCGUAUCGACUGUUGUUGCGACUUUAGGUCUGAGUUUCUAUGUACUCGGCUUCUCAAUGGGCCCACUAUUAUUUGCCCCCAUGAGUGAAGUAUACGGCCGCCGCAUAGUCUACAUUCCCACCUGGCUACUCUUCUGCGUUUUCCAAAUCGGCUGCGCCACUGCCCAAAACAUCGAAACUCUUCUCAUAUGCCGCUUCUUUGUCGGAAUGUUUGGGUCACCAUCGUUGACAGUCGCCGGUGGCUCAAUGUCCGACAUAUGGCUUCCAAAUGAACUUGGUCCUCCACUCGGACUCUUCACGAUGACUGCAUUCCUCGGCCCUGUGGCAGGCCCUAUUGUAGGGGGCUUCAUAGUGGAGUACAUUAAAAACUCUGCCCCCUGGCGGUGGAGCUUCUGGGUUCAACUUAUUCUCUCGGGAGUCCUGGCCCCGAAUCUGAUCUGGCUUCCAGAAACAUAUGCCACUACUUUACUAGAAAAGAAAGCCAAAGCACUCGGCCGACCCCUACCAGGCGGGGGCAGAAAAGCACAGAGCAAAGUCUUUAAAGUUGCUAUCUGGCGACCAUUGGAGAUGCUAGUGUUCGAACCUGUAGUUAUUCUUGUAUCGGUCUAUAUCAGCUUUCUCUUCGGAAUCCUAUACCUUUACUUCGGGGCAUACCCUCUUAUCUUUCAAGGCAGCUAUCACUUCACAUCCGGUUAUUCAGGUCUUGCAUUCCUCGGCAUCGGCAUCGGCGUCAUCCUCUCCUUCCCCACCGGCGCACUCUCAAACAUCAUCUACAUCCGCCUCAAGAAAGACCGCCGCACCUACCCCGAAGGCCGGCUCCCCAUGGCGAUAGUAGCAGCCGUUAUAGUACCCGGCAGUAUCUUUUGGUUUGCCUGGAGCGGUGGAAGAAACGACGUGCAUUGGAUUGUGCCUGUACUGUCCGGUGUGCCGUUUGGAUGGAGUAUGGUUGUGCUGUUUAUCAGCCAGAUCAGCUUUUUAGCAGAGGGCUAUCUCGAGUACUCUGCGUCCGUGAUUGCCGCCAAUACGAUAAUGAGGUCGUUGUUCUCGAUGGCGUUUCCACUGUUUGGGCCGACUAUGUAUAGAGCUAUGACACCGGAGUGGGCGGGCAGUUUACUUGGUUUUAUUGCUAUAGCGUUUAUGCCAAUCCCAUGGUUGUUCUUCAAGUACGGAAAGUGGUUGAGGAGGAAUAGUAGAUUUCCGACUAAGCAAGAGCUUGAGGAGAGGGAGAGAGAAAGGGAAGCUGCAGGCUUAGAGGCAUAG